CAUACUUUUUUUUUGGUGACUAAAUCCACAUUACCUCAAUUGUUGUUCUGACCACCUAAUAAUUGGACCUCUUCGUCCCGGCAGCAGCAAGAGCAGCAGCAGCAGAACUCUAAUUCAAAUGUGUUGAACAACAUUACCUGUAUUUGGAGCAUCCAUUCCGUAUGGUUAGCACAGUCAGAGGCGGUGAUACGGAGGGUUCCUGGCGGGUUUAUAUUGAGAACCACAGCUACAGUAUGAUCUCCGCGUUCCUGUCCUGCCAGUGGAUUAUGUUUUACUUUCAUUUAUGUUCUUUAAAUCUUGCUGAAGGGCAGUCUGGAAAGGAAGUGGUUGUGUUGGACUCCAAGGCACAGCAGACUGAAUUGAAAUGGAUCUCCUAUCCUCCCAAUGGGUGGGAAGAGAUCAGCGGCGUGGAUGAGAGCUACACACCCAUUCGCACAUACCAGGUUUGCAAAGUUAUGGAGCCCAAUCAGAAUAACUGGCUUCGAACUAACUGGAUCGAAAAGGGGAAUGCCCAGAGAAUUUUUGUGCAGCUGAAGUUUACCAUAAGGGAUUGUAACAGUUUACCUGGUAUGGUGAGUGCUUGCAAGGAGACUUUCAACUUGUAUUACCAGGAAACGGCUUCGGAGAUGGGCAGGAGUAUGCGAGAGAACCAGUAUGUUAAAAUUGAUACAAUUGCAGCAGAUGAAAGCUUCACUCAGGGCGACUUGGGUGAGAGGAAGAUGAAGCUCAACACUGAAGUGCGCAUAAUUGGCCCCCUGUCCAGGCCGGGUUUUUACCUGGCCUUUCAAGAUGUAGGGGCAUGUAUUGCCCUGGUCUCUGUCAAAGUUUAUUACAAAAAGUGCUGGUCCAUCAUCGAAAACUUGGCCAUAUUUCCCGACACUGUGACAGGAUCAGAGUUCUCCUCCUUAGUGGAGGUCAAGGGAAUAUGUAUAAACAACGCAGAGGAGGAAGCUGACAAUCCUCCCAUAAUGCACUGCAGCGCUGAAGGGGAAUGGGUGGUGCCAAUUGGUAAAUGUAUAUGCCAAGCAGGAUUUCAUCAGAAAGGAAAUUCAUGUGAACCAUCUAUGAAGGGGACGUUCGACAGAUCUUCAAACAACAAAAUAUCAACAAAGCACUGGGCCCAGACCUUGUGUCCCCAUCCUGCCUCAAAGUCUGUGCACAUCAACUUGCUAUUGUCUUCGCAAAAAUGUUUAACAGGUCUCUAGAACUGUGUGAAGUACCGGCCUGCUUCAAAGGUUCCACCAUUAUACUGAUCCCCAAAAAAGCAGCAAACUCUUAAUGACUACAAGCCUGUUGCCUUGACAUCUGUGGUCAUGAAGUCCUUUGAACGCCUUGUGCUGGACCACCUCAAGAGUGUCACAGGUCCCCAGCUGGACCCACUGCAGCUUGCCUAUCAAGGUAACAGGUCUGCGGAUGAUGCAGUCAACAUGGGUCUGCACUUCAUUCUUGAACAUCUCGACAUCGAGGGUACCUAUACGAGGAUCCUGUUCGUGGAGUUCAGCUCUGCCUUCAACACCAUCCUCCAUGAACUCUUCUCCACCAAAGUUCUCCAGCUCAGCGUGUCGUCUGUCAUCUCCCGGUGGAUCUACAACUUCCUGACGGUCACGACACAACAGGUGAGGCUGGGGGACACCACCUCAUCCACACGCACUAUCAGCACCAGAGCACCCCAAGGUUGUGUCCUCUCAUCUCUGCUCUUCUCGAUGUACACUAACGACUGCACCUUGUAACAUCUGACUUUCAAACUCUUGAAGUUUGCAGAUGAUAGCACGGUCAUCGGCCUCAUCAAAGACAGCAACAAGUCUGCAUGUCAACAGGUAGUGGCGAGACUGGAGCUUUAGUGUGGUCAACACAACCAGGCAUGGAACACUCUAAAGACUGUAGAGAUGAUUGUGGACUUUAGGAGGCAAUCUUCCCCACAGCUGCCCCUGACCCUGUCCAACUGUCAUGUGGCAACUGUCGAGACCUUCAAGUUCUUGGGAAUUACAGUCUCAGAGCACCUGCAGUGGAAGACGAGCAUGGACUCCUUCCUCAAAAAAGUCCAGUGUACUUGUUGCGGCUUCUGAGGAAACACAGCGUGUCACAAGACCUGAUGAGACAGUUCUACACGGCGGUCAUCCAAUCAGUACUGUGUACCUCCUUCACAGUAUGUUUUUGGGCUGCCACAAAAAAGGACAAACUCGGACUGCAGCGAACAAUCAAAACAGCUGAACCACUUAUCAGCACCACUCUACCCACUAUUGAGGAUUUACACGUAACGCGAACUCGGUCCAGAGCAGGCAUGAUUCUUUCAGAAUGUUCCACAUCCCGGCUACCAGCUCUUCUAGCUUCUUCCUUCGGAAAGCACUACAGAUAAAUGCAAGUAAAAUCUAGCAGGCAUUCGAACAGUUUUUUGCCCUCUGGCAAUUAAGUCAUUACAUUCUUAAUCAGCAAAUUUACUAAUUUCUGCCUUGUGCCAUUGUUGAGACACUCACAUUCUGCUGGUCCAAUCAAUAACAGUAUUAGUAAUUUAUUUUGUAGACUAUCGCAUGAUUCGUCACUUUAACCUGCUCCUUUUGCAAAACUGUCAUUGCACUGUCAUUGCACGAGUCUAUUACGGGAAAGGCGGACGGGUAAAGGGUCUCUGUGCAGGUUUUCCACAAUGUGGGACAUUGACACACUUAUCUCGUACCUGUUCUAAACGAAAAAGAUUUUGCAUCUUGCACUACUUUUAUAAGGAAUAGUUCCUAUAAAUAGAAAUGUCUCUUGUUCUUUGUUCUUGCUGCUUUGUUGUUCUUUGUUCUGGAUGUCGUAUCAGGGCAGAAACAUCCAAGUGGGACAUAAUCAUGAAGUGGAAUGGCAUUUAUUGGAUAUUUUAUACUUUUUUAACAAAUAAAAAACUGAAAAGUGGGGCAUGCUAUAUUAUUCGGCCCUUUUACUCUCAGUGCCGCAAACUCACUCCAGAAGUUCAAUGAGGAUCUCUGAAUGUUCCAAUGUUGACUGAUGAUAAUAAAUAGACUCCACCUGUGUGGAAUCUAGUCUCCGUAUAAAUGAACCUGCUCUGUGCUAGUCUCAGGGUUCUGUUUAAAGUACAGAGAGCAUCAUGAAGACAAAGAAACACACCAACUUUCACCUCAAACAAGAAAAAGACUGAUCAGAGAUGAAACCAAGAGGCCCAUGAUCACUCUUGAGGAACUGCAGAGAUCUUCAGCUAAGGUGCUAGAGUCUGUCAAUAGGACAACAAUGAGUCGUACACUGCACAAAUCUGGCCUUUAUGGAAGAGUAGCAAGAAGAAAGCCAUAACGAGAAAAAGUCUCAUUUAAAGUUUUCCACAAGCCACCUGGGAAACACACAAAAUAUGUAGAAGAAGGUGCUCUGGUCAGAUGAAACCAAAAUCGAACUUUUUGGCCACAAUGCAAAACGAUAUGUUUGGCGUAAAAGCAACACAGCUCAUCACCCUGAACACACCAUCCCCACUGUCAAACAUGGUGGUGGCAGCCUCAUGGUUUGGACCUGCUUUUCUUCACCAGGGACAGGAAAGAUGAUUAAAAUUGAUGCGAAGAUGAAUGGAGCCAAAUACAGGACCAUUCUGGAAGAAAACCUGUUGGAGUCUGCAAAAGACCUGUGACUGGGACGGAGAUAUAUCUUCCAACAGGACAAUGAUCCAAAACAUGAAGCCAAAUCUACAAUGAAAUGGUUCACAAACAAACAUAUCCAGGUGUUAGAAUGGCCAAGUCAAACUCCACACCUGAAUCCAAUUGAGAAUCUGUGGGCAGAGCUGAAAAUUGCUCUUCACAAAUGCUCUCCAUCAUGAGCUCGAGCUGUUUUGCAAGGAGGAAUGGGCAAGAAUUUCAGUCUGGUGAUGUGCAAAACUGAUAGAGACAUACCCCAAGUGACUUGCAGCUCUAAUUGCAGCAAAAGGUGGCGCUUCAAAGUAUUAAUGCAAGAGGACCGAAUAAUAUUGCACGUCCCACUUUUCAGGUUUUUAUGUGUUACAAAAGUAUAAAACAUCUAAUAAAUUUCAUUCCACUUCACGAUUGUGUCCCAUUUGUUAUUGAUUCUUGACAGAACAUUUUUAUUUUUUUAUCUUGAUGUUUGAAGCCUGAAAUGUAGUGAAAGGUUGUAAAGUUCAAAGGGGCUGGAUACUUUCACAAGUCACUGUAAUUCCAACACAUAAACAUACUCUAAAAUUCACAUGUUGUGCUGCAUUCAUUAUUAUGAUGCAGUUCCCAAUUCGACUGCAGAGUCCUUUUAUUUUUUUUUGGAGGUAAUUCUACUCCUACCCAUGGGCAGCAAAAUAAAUGAAUAAAUAAAUGAAUUAUCAUCUAUC